CUGUAAAGUGUAAACACAUGUUUGAGCCGAAUUUAUGAAAAUAAAAACUUAGUGGGUAAUAUUAAAUUAAUUAUUAAAGAAUAAAUUUAAUAAUGAGUAUCGAAAAUAAGAUAUCUGUCAAAGAACUUAACGAACUUGAAAUCAAAUACGUUACAGGUAGCUUAAAAAAUUGCAAAUUUUCUUUUCUUGCGGAUAAAACUGAUGAGCGUUAUCGUAAUGUACAAACAGCAUUAUGUACUAUAGCUGAAGGUAUAGUUAAUCAUGAUUAUCAAAAAGUUUUGCAGAUUAAAUUAUCUGAUUUUGAAAUCAAUCUUGUAACUUCUGAAUGUUGUGAAAAUGAACAGUUUUCAUUUGAAAAUGAGUUUCCUGAUGACGAAUUAUAUUCUUAUAUCUUACAUAUGAUUAUUCUUUUUAUCGGUUCUUCUGCUUUGCAGGAAUUUGUAAGAUGUAAUAUGUCCGGACCGAGUCAUUUAAAGAAUGAAGAGUUUGGAGUCAGUUCCGAAUUAUUUGCAAAUAAAAAUUUUUCACACUCUGAAGUAUUGCAGUAUUUAAGUAAGGAUAAAGAAGGCAUUGAUAGUAAUGUGCUUCAUCCUGAACUUUUAUAUUUAAGUUUACUAUAUCUUUCAAGUGUUUCAAAUAAUAAAUGCUUAACAAAUAAAUGGUGGUUGCUGCGAUGCACCCUAAUUCAUCAGUUCAUUUUACCCGAACGUGACAUACUUUUACAUGAUACAAUUACUUCUUGCAUUAAAGAAAUAUCUGAAAUGGAUUGGCUGAAUUCUAAUGACAGCAUUGCAAAACUGAUGUUUUAUGUUGAAAGUUCACAAAUUCAUUUGCAUUACCAUGAAGUUGUUAUUGCUAAAAAGUUCAUAACAGAAGCUCAAAUGCUUGUUGGCCUUGAUAUAGAACUUAGCGGGGCAUAUGGAAAAAGAACUCAAUUCCAGAAAAAGGCUGUUGCUCAGCUUUUUGUUAAAUUUAAAAGAAAUAAGACAAAGCAAGAAAGUGACAUAGUUUUAGAUAGCAACUUUUAUUGUCCCUUUGACCUCCAGUUACAAGAUGAUACAUUAUUAAAUAAAGUAGCUUUUAUUGAUAAUGAUGAAAAUAUUGUUGAUGAUCUUCUACCAGAAGAACAGAUUGUUCUUUUGGGAUUUUGUUUGUUAACAAAAAGAAGUGGUUCAUUUGAUGAACUCUUACAAGAAGAAAUUUUGGCUUAUAUUAAUUGUUUAUUAACACAGCCCAAAGUUUGGUCUGUUUAUUUAAAAGCCCUGAUAAUGAGAUGUAUUGCAGAAAAGAAUAAUUCUCGUCGAGUUGAGAGAGCAAUUAUGCAAAUGGAAACUAUUGUAGAUUCUAUUAGAAAAGAUUCACCUCCAUUUUCAGUCAGGCAGUUCAUGCUAUAUGCAACAGCUUUCCCAAUGUAUUGGAUAUUAGAAAAAGAACUUGCAGAUUUAUUACUUUCAGUAGGUGCUACCAAGUCAGCAUUGGAAAUAUAUGAAAGACUACAACUGUGGGAAGAUAUCAUAGUGUGCUACCAGCGACUAGGUAGAACAAUGUGUGCGGAAAAAGUAAUUCGUGAACAGCUUGCAGAAAGUGAAACUCCCUUACUGUGGUGUUUAUUGGGUGAUGUCACAGAUAAUCCAGAAUAUUAUUCCAAAGCUUGGGAAUUAUCUGAACAUAGAAGCACCCGAUCCCAGCGUUCCUUGGCAUAUUAUUAUUUCAAAAGGAAAGAUUAUGAAAAAAGCAUUCCUUUUUUUCUCUCAUCUUUGGAAAUUAACCAUUUACAACCAGAUGUAUGGUUUUCACUUGGAUAUGCUGCUACGCAAUUAGAGAAAUAUGAACUUGCCGCGCAGGCUUAUCGGCAAGUUGUCUCUCUUGAUCAAGAUAAUUUUGAGGCUUGGAAUAACUUAUCCAAUGCAUACAUUAAAACGAAGCAAAAGGUUCGAGCUUGGCGAAGUUUACAGGAAGCAUUGAAAUGUAAUUAUGAAGAAUGGAGAGUAUGGGAAAACUUCUUGUUAGUGAGCAUUGAUGUAGGAGCUUUUGAAGAUGUUUUUCGAGCAUGGCAUCGUUUGCUUGAUAUCAAGGGUAAGCAUCAAGAUUCCGAAAUUUUAGAAAUAUUAGUGAAUGCUAUUAGAAACGACUUACCUGAUAUAAAUGGUUCCCCUGCUUCUCGAUUGAAAAAACGUGCAUUGCAGUUAUUUGGAAGAUUAACUUCACUAAUUACAACAGAUUCUAAAGUUUGGGAAUUGUAUUCAUUAUUACUUUGUACAGAUGAAAGUUUCAUCAGUGAUAAAGAUACUCUAGAAAGAAUUGUCCAAUUCCAGCAAAAAGCGUUUCGAUGUUGCAUCCAAAAAGGACAAUGGGAAAAAGAGUUUUCAAUGUGUAAAGAAGUUUCGAGGAUUGCCUUAAGGCUGGCUGAAGUAUCUGUGCUUUAUGUCAAGAUUCUUGAGGGUAAUUUAAAAAAUCAACAAAAGGUCUCACUGAAAUUAGCUCUACAGAAUGUUAUAUGCAGAAUAGAAAAAAGUGUUGAUAAUUUCCAAGUUUCGGAGAAGGAAGAAUUAAAACUUUCAUUAACAUCAAUGAAAAAUUACCUUUUAGAUAUAGAAACUCUAUGACUUAUUUCAUCACAUUCUUGUAAAUCAUUGUUAAUACAUCGAUAAUAAUUUUGUUUUAAGUACUAUUAGUACUACAAGGCAUGUUUAUUAGGCCUUUUAAUCAAGGUCGCUAUAGGCAGAUUGCAAUAAUCUAGUGAGAGUCUAGUGAGCAAUAAUCUUCAGAGGAGUUGUAAAUAGUUUGUAUGAAACAAAUAAAUGUUUUUAGUACAUAAAAA